CUUAUCCUCUUGGCCUAGCAAAGCCCGGUCAAGCAAUACCACCACAAUGCCAGAACAGCAGCAGUCAAGACCCCAGCUCAGAGAGAACCAGUGCAACAUGACGGACAUAAUGCAAAGAAUUGCCCUUUCCAAGCCACCUGUGAACAAGGAUAUGUACAACACUUUGUACACUAAGGACUACAUACACUAUGAUGACUAUCACUACCAGGUGCCGACAAUGGAUGCCUCACAGAUGCUGAAACUGGAAGCCCAGCUGAAGGCCAAGGAGUUCCAUACACCUGUUGAGCCUGAACCCGUGAAAUACGUUGAAGCAGCUGGCUGCCAAGAAGUUCGACCACCUUAUCCUAUGGACCUGGGCCGGAGGCUGACCACAAGCCAAGCAGCUCCACCACCAUUUCAGCAGGUCCAAGAAGAUCCACAGGUCUGCCACCUUCUUCCCAAGCAAAGCGCAGUACAGAAGAUGGAGGCAGAGAGACUAGCCCAACAGGGAGAUGCAUGUAUUCCGCCAGAUCAAGUACCGUCUCCUUGCAUCUGCCCAGAACAGGGCCAGAAUUGGAGCGACUAUCAACAGUUUCUCUUGGAAACUCAGCGAGCUACUCAAAUGCAACUUCGUGAAAUUAAGAAAUCACAUGUGGGAUCUACUGUGUUUCAGCCAGAAGUUUAUCCCAGGACCGAACCAAGUACUUACCAAAGAGAUUACGUCCCCUGGCCCAGACUCCGAAGUGGGUUUUGUAGCGCAAAUAGGAAUUUCUCCAAUCUUGUCUUUGAUGAUGGCUACUACACAGAGAACCCUUGGGUAUCAGAAUACAUGGACAACUACAAUAUUUUCUUGAAGAAACUGAACUGGAAGAAUCGGAACCCUGUGUCAUCUUUCUGCUCAGCAGUCAAGCCUGUAACCAGUUUCUGUCACCGGAUGCCCUCUCAAACACCAAUAGCAGUGAACACAGCACCUUGAAAGUGUACAGCGAUAGUUAUUAUGUUCCGCAAGCAACACAGGAUACCAGCCAUGGACAUUUGGACACAGGACCUUGGAGGCCUGAAGACCUGUUAUAUAACAGAGACAGUUGUUUAUAUUUAGUGUAUUUAUACAUUUGUGUAUAUCAUAGCAGGGAUAUGAUAUACCUGCUUACCAAAGUAAAACCAGAGCCCUAAUUUGAACAGUGUAUUGAAAUGGACAGUACCACUGUGCAAUGCAUGUAUCUUAGAAUCAAUAAU